AUGCCUGAGUUUAUCAAUGACUGGCUGAGUGGUGCAAGACAAAUGGAUCUCACCAUCGCUGAGAGGCUACUCUUUCUGCGCUAUCGCACAGAUGUUGAACAUGAUUGCCAUGGCACACAAUGUUCCCUACUAGCCAGUUGGAAAAUUGUUCUGGGGGAGAUGACCGGGAUGCCAUACCGAGGCGACGGGAAAGCCGAUUGA